AUGAACUCAAAGUCUCUCACUUGUUGUGUUGUGUUCUUACUACACACCAUUUUGUUUUCUUCUACAUCACCAUCUUCUCUUAUCCACUUCAACUCCACAACCUCAAUCCUUAAUGUCACUUUACCACAUGCGUUAUCUCAAACUCUUGAGAAUUUCGCCCUCAAGACGUUAUCCAACCAACAUCAUACCGGUGCUCUGUACCGGGCUAUCUUACCGGAAAAUUUAUCCGGCAUCGAAGUCUCCAUCGUCCGUCUCACCGGGAAGAGCCUUUGGAACUUCGGGGCCAAGUUCAGCAAUGUGCUUAUACCUGCAAGGUCAGUUUCGGUUCCUCCUGCAAGGAGAGUUGCUAUUGUGUACCAAGAUCUAGGUAAUUGGUCUAACCAUUGGUAUACCGUACCCGGUUACCGGUUAAUAGCUACUGUCUUAGGGUUUAGGGUUUUGGAUGUGUCUGAUCAAGACAAUGCCAAAGAGAUUAGUCUAAGGAUGGAGAAUCGUGUAGAAAUCUCGUUUAGGGAUUUACUCAAAGACUCUGACGAGAAAAUGCUGUCUAGGGUUAAAUGCGUGAGCUUCAAGGCACAGACCGAAGACAAGGAAGCAGCUCACAUCAGCCGAAUGGUUCUCCCGGGAGUGUGUUACGGUUCGAACCACGGAGAUUACUCGGUGAUUGAGCCCUUAGAGAACGGUAAGAAUAAGGUCAAGUUGUGGCGGAAAUGGUGGUGGUUGUGGAUCGUGGGAUUUGUAUUAGGUAUAGGAGUGCUAGGGUUUGUGGGUACAAUGGGGAUUAGGGUUUUAAGAACGAAGAAGAUUCAAGUGAUGAUGGAGAGAGAAGCUAAUAAUGGUGAAGUUUUAGAGACCAGAUGGGUUGGUGGAAGUAAAAUGCCAUCUGCUACUGUAACUAGAACCCUACCAAAGUCGGAAUCCGCAUUAGAAAACGGGUCUCCUGAAUAA